AUGUUGGGCAACUCCGCGCCAGGGCCUGCGGCCCACGAGGCGGGCUCGGCGCUGCUUGCGCUCCAAGAGGACCAGGAGAACAUCAACCCGGAGACAGCGGUGUCCUCCCAGCAGCCCCGGACUCGGGCCGCGCUGGCGGUUCUGAAGGCAGGCAACUCCCGGGGCCCAGCGCCGCAGCACAAGCCCAAGACACGACGGGUGGCGCCUCUUAAGGAUAUUCCUGUAAAUGAUGAGCCAGUCACUGUUCCUCCUUGGAAAGCAAACAGUAAACAGCCUGCAUUCACCAUUCACGUGGAUGAAGCAGAAGAGAAGACACAAGAGAGACCAGCUGAAUCUGAAAGUACAGAGCGUGAAAAUGCCUUGGCGUUUAAUUCAGCUAUCAAUCUACCUGCCCCACGAAAACCACUGGUAUCUCUUGAUUAUCCAAUGGAUGGCAGUUUUGAAUCACCACAUAUUAUGGACAUGUCCAUUGUAUUAGAAGAUGAAAAACCAGUGAAUGUUAAUGAAGUGCCAGACUACCAUGAAGACAUUCAUACUUACCUUAGGGAAAUGGAGGUUAAGUGUAAGCCUAAAGUGGGUUACAUGAAGAAACAACCAGACAUUACCAAUAGUAUGAGAGCUAUCCUUGUGGACUGGUUAGUCGAAGUCGGAGAAGAAUACAAACUACAGAAUGAGACCUUGUACUUGGCUGUGAACUACAUUGAUAGGUUCCUUUCAUCAAUGUCUGUACUGAGAGGAAAACUUCAGCUUGUGGGCACUGCUGCUAUGCUUUUAGCCUCAAAGUUUGAAGAAAUAUAUCCUCCGGAAGUAGCAGAAUUUGUGUACAUUACAGAUGACACCUAUACCAAGAAACAAGUUCUGAGAAUGGAGCAUCUGGUUUUAAAAGUCCUUGCUUUUGACUUGGCGGCACCAACAGUAAAUCAGUUUCUUACUCAGUACUUUCUGCAUCAGGAGCCUGUAAACUGCAAAGUUGAAAGUCUAGCUAUGUUUUUGGGAGAGUUGAGUUUGAUAGAUGCUGACCCAUACCUAAAGUAUUUGCCAUCCGUUAUUGCGGGAGCAGCCUUCCAUAUAGCACUCUACACGGUCACGGGACAAAGCUGGCCUGCGUCAUUGGCACAGAAGACUGGAUAUACCCUGGAGAGCCUCAAGCCCUGUCUCACGGACCUUCACCAGACCUACCUCAAAGCACCGGAGCAUGCACAGCAAUCAAUAAGAGAAAAGUAUAAAGGUUCAAAGUAUCAUGGUGUUUCUCUCCUCAGUCCACCAGAGACACUAAAUGUGUAAACGUGAAGACUACCUUUGCUUUCUACAAUGUAAAUCCCUCAAAGUAUAUGGUGUACAGUUUUUAUCAUAGGUUUUAAAUUCAUAAUCAUUUCUGAAUACAGAAAUUGUGGUCAGUUACAAAUUAUGCUAUCUUAUUUUUAAAUGGUUUUAAUUUGUAUCUUUUGUAUAUGUAACUGUCUUAGGUAUUUGGCCAGUUUUUAAUGGUAUUAAAGUAUUAACGAUACCACCUAUCAGGGUAAGAAUAAAUUGAUUUGGAAAAUGA